UGAGUAUUUCUCUUGGACGGUGGAGGGGGAGGGAGGGGAAUAGCAAAAUAAAAUUGAUAAAAAGUCAGGCGGAGAUUGCUAUAUAUUAUUAUUCGGUAUCCUAAUGACUCUCACCACAGGAGCAGGCCUUCUUAACGCCGCAGCCAGACUCUCCUUCUUCCACAAAUCUCACCAUCAUUAUCCUCUUUUCUUUUCAAAUUAUCCUUCUCUCCGGUUCUCACCAACCUCUCUCAUCUCCAACCCCACCUCCUUCGCUUCUCUCCCUGCCAGGCUAUCUCUGUCUUUUAACGCCUCCACCAUGGCCGACGCUCCUGAUGCCGGCAUGGACGCCGUCCAGCGCCGCCUCAUGUUUGAAGACGAAUGUAUUCUAGUGGAUGAGAAUGAUCGUGUUGUUGGUCAUGAUACCAAAUACAACUGCCACUUGAUGGAAAAGAUUGAAUCCGAAAAUUUACUUCACAGAGCUUUCAGCGUCUUUUUGUUUAACUCAAAGAAUGAGUUGCUUCUUCAGCAACGUUCUGCAACAAAGGUGACAUUCCCACUUGUGUGGACAAACACCUGUUGUAGCCAUCCACUGUACCGUGAAUCUGAGCUUAUUGAUGAGAAUUCUCUUGGGGUAAGAAAUGCUGCUCAAAGGAAGCUUUUGGAUGAAUUGGGUAUCCCAGCUGAAGAUGUGCCGGUUGAUCAGUUCAUCCCUUUGGGUCGGAUUUUGUACAAGGCACCUUCUGACGGCAAGUGGGGUGAACACGAACUUGAUUACCUUCUCUUCACGGUCCGAGAUGUUAAUGUGCAUCCAAACCCUGACGAAGUAGCUGAUAUCAAAUACGUAAAUCAGGAGCAGCUGAAGGAGCUGCUGAGGAAGGCAGAUGCUGGGGAGGAAGGUCUGAAGCUGUCCCCUUGGUUCAGACUCGUCGUGGACAACUUCUUGUUCAAAUGGUGGGACAAUGUUGAGAAAGGCACCAUCAAGGAAGCAGCUGACAUGAAAACCAUCCACAGGUUGACUUAAAUUCAGUCUGGGGGGAUGGGGAAACUUUGAUUGUUGUUAGUUGUUUUGUUUUUAUUAAAAAAUUCCAAUAAAUUUGGACUCAUAAGGCGUUCCAAUUACAAGUAGCCAUUUUGUUGUUGUUUGAUUCUGUUGUCUUCCCCGAAACAAGUUCUUAUAUGAUAUUCCGUGCUUUUGUAAUGAAGUGAUGAUGAAUCAAUAAGAAACUUUUCACCUCUUUCAUCA